GCACCGUUUGCUCUCAGCCUCAUCAGCAGGAAGUUAACCAUGGAGCCAAAGGUCACUGUUAACGCUCGGGUCGUGGUGGUGGGGGCGUCAGACACAGGUUUAUCGUUCCUGGAGGUUCUUUGUUUCUGCCCUCACCUGAAGUUCAACAACCUGACUCUCGUCUCCACGCAUGGUUUUCCACACGACCGCAACAACCACCAUGACGAUGACGACGUCGGAUUUCUCUCCACAAGUCAUGCAUACAGCCGCAGAGACCUGGCCCAGCUGCCUCUUCAGUCCUGCCUCGCGGUGGUGACCGGGACGAUGGUGGGCAUCAACAGGAAGUCCAAGUAUGUCCGCGUCUCCAACGGGAGGAAGGUGGCCUACGAUCACCUCAUCCUCUGUACGGGCCUGCAGUACCAGAUGCCCCUGAGUAAGCCGGUCACAAACAGCCAGCUGCAGAAUCAGACGGCUCCCCGAAGACACACCGAGCCCGUCCCCUCCAACCUCUUCACCCUCAACGACCUCCACGACUGCAGGGCCGCUCGCCGCUGGCUCACUGCCAACUUUGUGGAGCUGGAGGAGAACGCCAUCGUCUACGGUAACAGCAUCGACGUUUUUACCACCGUCGAGACUCUGCUCGGCCUCGGCGUUCGGGGAUCUCGUAUCCAUCUUGUUCAUCCACCGCUCGACCCCAGCGUCGCCUGCUUCAGCGAGCCUCCGGUUAAGAAGGCCGUUUACGCAUUCUUGGAGGAGGCCGAGGUCCGGGUCCAUCAUAACUGCGUGCUGGCUCAGAUGAACAAUGGAGAUCACCCUGAUCCUCUCACCUCCGUGUCGUUCACCACGGAUGCAGAGCCUCUCCACCUGCAGUGUGGAGUUUUCAUGAAUCUCUCCAACAGAGGAGUCGGCUACGACGCCUUCAGAAGCAUCAACAGCUCCUUCCUAGUCUUUGACCGCAGACUCGUCAUCAACGCCGCUUUCCAAACCAGCGACUCAGCCAUUUUUGGUGCCGGACCUCUCACCAAAUUCUCCAGCCGCUACCACACAGACGAGUGGUCGCACGCCAACUUUAACUCCAAGGAGGUGGGCCGGGACCUGGCGGCUAUGUUGCUGCCUCUGUUCGACCCAACGCUGGAGCCUGCAGACGAACAUCAGCCCGGAGAAGAUUGUCUGGUACCGAUUUACAAACAGGCCAAGAUCCAAGGUGUGGGACGCUGCCCUGGAGGUGUUCACUACCUGCACUUUACAAAACCGUCUCCAGCCAGCCUGCCAGGUGCUCCUCUGAAAAACUUACAGGACAAAGGCAUCGCGACCGGACGAGCGGCGACAGGAGACUACUUUUGUUUACGCCUGGACUGCUACGAGCUGGUGGAGACGCUCACCUGCUACUCCCUGAAGCCCCUCCCCGUCUCUAAUUACCUGAGUCUGUGGAAGCACCAGCAGCUGCUGGGCCAGCUGUCCACCUACUACUACAAGAGCCUGAUCCCCGACCUGUACAG